GAAAAUGUUGAGAGUAGAGGACCAAAAGUGCAAUUAGCCUUUUAUAAACUUUUAUCGAACCCACACUCGGCCGCCCCAAGACUCAAAUUCCAUCUCUGCUUUCUCAUCCACUCUUGGCUCGGCUGCCGCCCAUCUCUUGGUAGAAAAAGUGAAGAAUGGUGGCUGGGAUGGUGAUGGUGCGUCCGUAUGUGUCAGCCUCCACGCUAAGUCGAGCUCUGCCAUCAGCAGCCUCUGCACUAAGUCGAGCUCUACCAACCUUAUUUGCUGAACCAAGGAAUAAUUGGUUAGUGUGUGAGACUCAGAGCAUGAAAUUGUUAAAUGAUAGAGCAACCGCCAACAAACACAGAAACUCAAGGAGACUGGUGUUUGGUGGUGGGAGGAGGUUCACUACUCGAGCUUCCCACGUCAAUGAUGCUGGCUACAUUGGCUCGCCUCUCAUGCAGUCCAUGGAGAACAAGAUCAAGGAACAGCUGAAUGCAGAAUCUGUUAUUGUUAAAGAUGCUAACGGGGAUGGUCGGCAUGUCAGCAUUGAUGUUGUCUCUUCAUCUUUUGAGGGCCAAUCUGCUGUGAAUAGGCAGAGGAUGGUGUACAAAGCCAUAUGGGAGGAGCUUCAAAACACAGUGCAUGCAGUAGAUCAGAUGACUACUAAAACCCCAGAUGAAGCAGCAACACAAAAGUGAUACAAGUGUUAGUUGAAAGUUAGAGGCCACACUCCCCUGAUAUAUUCCGUCGCUACAUUUUAUCAAACUUCCAUAAUUUUAUGAUCUUUAUCCGUCAAUGAUUUUGAAUGAUCAUAAUUGCCUCUUUGCUGUGUCUUGCAUUCUUGUAUUUGAAAUGUUUUUAUUUUCUUUCCGGUAGUUUUUCUUUUACCUUCUAUGAUGAAUAAAAAACGUAUUGUUCUUUCA